AGCAUUAUGGCGUGGGUAUUAAACUAUAGAAUGGCUUCCCGACCUUUGCGAGAACUCGGAAAACUUUUAGCAAGCAAUUAUCUACUAAAGGACUUAUUUUCCAAGAACUUUAGUGUUUCGUACAAUAUUUGGCUCCCGAUUUUAUGAUGUCUUUUAGUCCAUUAUUGUCGGGUAAAAUGCAAUGUCUUAUAGAUACAUUCUCUUGGACCAGAGUAACUAGCGCGAUUCAUGUUCUGUGUUACGUGUACUGUACGUUUUUCUAUCAAAAACACUGCCAACAGAGACCAAUAGAUGAGCAGAGGUAGUUUUUAUUUAUAGAACUAUUUGACUCAAAAAGUAUAGCUUUGAUAACUUAUGCAUUUUCGUUGACGAAUUUCUGGAAAUCUUCUGCAGUUUCCCACAAUCAAGUUUUUUUUUUUCGACACAAACAAACUAUUACACCUGUUUUCAAAUGUAUGCGGAAUCCCGGGUUUCCAAUGUUCUGUCAAUCGACAUAAUCAUUCGACAAGGCUAGUACUUCGUGGAUGUCAUAAGUAUUCUCGUAUGAGAGAUCGAGUUCCUAAAAUCACCCUACAUGAAGUAUAUUCAUAAACUUCAGCUUUUUCUUGCUAAACUGUUACUUCUGGUAUCGUAUACGAAUGAUUUCCCAUCAAAGAAGUGUCUUUAGACGAGUCUUGUAAAUAAUUUUGGAAAAGCACUAGGGCAGAUAUUCGCUAAAAGUUUUCAUUGUUUGAGCGGGUGGAUCAAUGUCGAGAGAGGAGUUUAGCAACAUUCUUCGUGUAGUGUGAUUUUAGGAACUUGAUUGGGAGAUUAAAAAUAGGUGUAGAAAAACAUUUUAGUAUUUCCACUUAUUUGUCGUGCGACCGUUCCUGUAAUUAGAGCCAAAAAAUGUCAAGAUCCUUUUAUUUUAAUGUUACAAUAGGUUUGUUUCGAUAAACCGUAUCACGAAUUUAUCAAUUGUGAAUAAUGAUAUUUCUUCAUUAUUCACUUUCAUGCAAAUUCGAUUAUGCUAAUAUAUAUUAACUCACGCUUUUUUCAUCCAGCCAAAGAAAAAAACAAACAAAAAAGAAACAAAAACUACAAUACCAUAAGCAAUGUUAGGAGCUGGCGCAGACGGAACUGUUAACAUAAUAUUUACAUAUGGAAAACACCACCAAAGAAAAAAAAACAAACAAAAAAGAAACAAAAACUACAAUACCAUAAGAAAUGUUAGGAACUGGCGCAGACGGAACUGUUAACAUAAUAUUUACAUAUGGAAAAUACCACGGAACCCAUUGAGUACACAAAACGGCUAGAGAUUUGUGUAUAUCUGUUGAUAUUAUUUUCUGUAUAACUAAAUGAAUCCUAUUUAUCAAAUCAUGGCGUCAGUGUUGUCCACACAGCAAUGACGAACGUAAGUCAACACUAAAACUCAGAUAACCAAAAAUGUGUUUGGUUAGAAGAUCCUGCGAGUUCGAGAGACGCACAACAGUUUUACGAAAUAUUACGGCUAAAAAUUUUACGUUGACAGUCAACAAAAUCACUAGAAUUUCGCAAAGUCUCUAGAGUCAGGAAUUUCUUAAAAGACUACUGCUGUCAUCUCAAAACUCAUGGUGAUUGAUGGUUGCUGGUGAUAAUGAGCGCUUAGAACCGAAGAGAACAUCCAUUUCUCCUCAAGAGGGAACUUUUGGUCGUCUUCCUGAUGGCUUAUGAGCUUCAUCUUCUCUUUAGUCUUUUCGCUUUGGUGUCUUCAAGCGAACCUGGGGACUGCAACUUCGAUCGCGACUUCUGCAAUUGGACAAACGAACAAAGAACAGAUGAUUUUGAUUGGUUACGAGAAAAGGGUUCCAGCCCAUCUCUAUUCACCGGGCCAUCAGCUGACCACACCUCAGGCCAAGGCUGGUACAUCUAUAACGAAGCCUCCGCAGCAGAUAGACGUCCAGGGCACACCGCGCGCUUGCACAGCCCCCUGAUGGCGGGUCCUAAGUGUAUGACAUUCUUUAGUAACCUGUACGGCGAGUGGAUGAGCCUCGUUCGCGUGUACGUCACAGUCAGCGGUCGUAAAACCUUAGCGUGGCUCAAGUCGGGAAAUCGAGGGGACCGUUGGAUUAUGGAGCAAGUGUUUAUUAACGAGACUGGGGAGUAUAUGGUCACUCUAGAGGUCACGCAAGGAAGGUCGUGGUCGGGCGAUGCAGCCAUCGAUGACAUUUCAUUCACGAACGGGUCAUGCGCACAAGAGACAAGGCUGUUUCACGUUUCCUCAACUAACGGAAUCUACCGAAUCGACACCGAGCCUCAGACAGAUAACUGGUUUAACCAGUUUUCAUUCCUGGCUCGUCGAACCACAGGCAACCUGAAGGAGCAAAUGUUUUAUGUUUAUGAUGACUAUUGGGUGCCAUAUGGAUACGAUAUUCUACAGACAGACUUAUUUAUUCACCCGAACAGAUUUCCUAUGGACUUCUUUUACGACUCUACUGGAUCUCUUUAUCACUCAAGACCUGUUUUUGCCGUUAAGCGAAGUGGGCAAGCUCAGCAGGUUGUUUUAGCGAGGGGAGAUUACGAAGGAUGUUGCAUGGGGACUGUUGUGUUAUCCAUAAAUGUACAAGUUAUAGAGGACCACCAGUCUUCGUGUUUUCCCGGAUGGAUAAGUUCGGGAUCCUCGGGCUGUCUACGAUUCUAUGUGAACGACAAACGAACUUGGGAUGGCGCUCGAGUCGAAUGUCGGCGAAUCGGUGGCGAUCUUGCCACAAUACACGACAGCAACGCACUCGUUGACACCUCGAAAAUCCUCGAAACUAUCACAUCCGCACUGGCACCAUUCCAUGUAGGAAUGCGUGACACCGUGACUAAUGUAACGCAACACUUGACUUGGAUAGACGGUAAAACAGUACCGAGAGGACUUUGGAAGAGUGGGUACCCGAAGACUGGUGACAACCCUCUGUGCGCAGGCGUGACGGAGAUACAUCCGGGACUUGUUUUGCAUGCGUGCUCUUUGCUUACGGGUUUCAUCUGUCAGCGGAGUUCAGUGGACAUGGCUGCCAAGAAGCCAACAAACAGCUCCGCUGAACAGAGCAACUACACUAGAUCAUCAUUCGCCGUUGACGGCUUCCCCAAUACCUGCUUCUACACAAAGGCCUCCAGCCCCUGGUGGAGCGUUGACUUAUUGAGGUCGAUGUACGUUUUUUCUGUUGAGAUAACAAGCAACAUGGGUUGUUGUCACGUGGGACCGUCAAAUUUGGAAGUCUUAGUCAUUCAGGGAGCACGUGCUCAGCGCUGUGGUGACGUCAUGCCUUAUGGAAGCACCGAUUGGCUCAAAGCUGGGUGUUAUCCAAUCAGAGGCCGCAGCGUCAUGAUUACGUUAGAUGGUGCGAAUACUACCCUGAUUCUCUGCAAAGUCACCGUGCAGGCAUAUGAAUCUGCCGAGGUUUUUCGCGGUGUUCGUCAGGACAUUUGGUAUAAGCUGAUCAACACGCAAGGCCUGGCUACCAUGCGAGAGAAUCACGUGUACAGCUCAUCCCCACAGGGAGUUUCCUGGGGCAGAGUUUUUGAAACUUCGCAGGAGGUCUCCGAGGACCACGGUCAGCUUAUCACAAGUUACUUUCAGCCUCCGUCCAGCGGUCUGUAUGAUUUCCUGGUGUCAUGUGACGACGAGUGCGAGCUAUGGAUCAGCGGAUACCAGGAGCCAAGCAUGCGUAUGGAAGGCGCCCUUGAUGGGGUGGGGAGGAUGUUAGUUCAGAUCCAGAAAUGGGAUGGCUAUAAUGACAGCGCAGGAUGUCUUCAGGCCCGUUCUUCUUCCCGCGUGCGUCUCGCAUCGUGUAUGAUGUAUGUCUUGAGCCUUUACGUCAAAAGUGGUGCGACUUUUAAUUGUCUGGGCGUUGGCAUGGAAACACCUGAACACACCAUAGAAGAGCCAAUCAGCAACAAGCAUUUGUUUGCAGUCCCGCCAGGCGUCAGACAGAUGGAAUUCGACAUCAUUGGACCUACAUUAAUACAUGCUGCUUUGGGAUCUACCCUCGCGGUCAAAGCAAAAUACAUAUUCUGUUGCGUUGGAAUUUACUGUCCUAACUGUACAAUAAAAGUGGAAUUUCUAGCCUUUGGUAACGCGCUUUUGGUCAGCGAUGGACUGCGUCCCACGUGCACGGAGAUGGUGUUUACGACCAUCUUAGAGGCUGUUGUUCAACCGGGGUUACAUCUACUAGAGGUUGCCUACUCCUUUGUGAACGACAGUGCUGUCAUGGCAACCAAAAAACAAGUGGGGGAGAUACAGGUUAAAGUUGCUUUUCUACAAAAUCUUACUUUUGCGGACGGCCUUCAAGGAUGGUUUCUAAUCGGCUGGAAAAUAGGUUUCUUCAUGAAACAUCAUAAAGAACCCUAUGCAUAUAUCUCUGAGCCUGUUGAAAGCCGGCUUGAGAGUCCGAUCCUGGAAUGGAAGCCUUUUCUUCGUGUCUCCGGCGCAUGCGUCCGAUUCAGUUAUCUCAUGCCACAAAUCGAGGGUUCGCCAGAGUUACAAGUAUACCUAAACUCUACUACGACCAAACCCCGGUUGCUAUGGAAACUCAGUGGUUACCAUGGUACCGAGUGGUUACAAGGCAGCGUACAGUUGGAUGCAGAACAGGGAACAAAGAUCGAGUUCAUGGGUGUCUCAUCAAUUAAUGGAUCAGUUGCCAUAGCAAUAGAUGACAUCAUGAUCACGACAGAGAAAUGCGCCACAAGCCCCUUGUAUGCUGCGCCUGGUUACAAGUGUGCGCCGUACGAGUUUCAAUGCACCAGCGGUCAUUGUAUCAGCGGCAGCUCUCGUUGUGAUGGUGAUUAUAACUGCAUGGAUCGUUCUGACGAGGAUGGGUGUAAAUGUUUCACCAAUGAACUCACGUGUUCAUCCGGGCGAUGUGUCCAGUCAAUCAAUUUAUGUGACGGUGUCAGAGAUUGCGAGUACGGUCUUGAUGAGCUUAGAUGCGGUGACGGGUGUAAAAAUAGUGAGUUCUUGUGCCCUGAUAGCACGUGCAUUCCAUGGAGCUCCACGUGCAAUCAAUCAACACAGGCAUCCCAUUGCCAAGACGAAGCCGAUAGACCAGCCGUGUGCGGUUCCAGUGUUUGCCCACUGAAUUCACUCAAUUGCAAGGAUAACAUACCGCAAAAUGCUGAAAAGUGUCGGUUCUCAUUUAAAGGUCGAUGCGACUUUGAAAGUGGUCUUUGCGGUCUGCGGCAUGGCAACACUACGCGCAUGCGCUGGAGCCUGGCAACUGGUAACACUCCCACAGAAGACACGGGUCCGUCAUUUGACCAUACUACGUAUUCUAACAAAGGCUCCUUUGUUUACAUUGAGGCGUCCCGUGAGGCUUCGGGAUCCAAGGCUUGGCUCUCCAGUGACUGGAUGAAUCCGGGUUCAGCGGUGUGCAUCCAGUUCUGGUAUCACAUGUAUGGAGUGCACGUGGGCUCACUUAGCGUACUCGCCGUGACUAGAACUGACCAACUGGUGGUGUGGCGCAUGGCAGGGAAUAAGGGAGACCGCUGGAUUUUUGGUCAAACUAUGAUAUACAUCAAAGGCGAUUUCAAGUUUGUUAUUGAGGGAAUCCGGGGUGACGGUAAUCUGGGUGAUAUUGCUCUUGAUGACCUCGCCUUGCUGGAGGGAAGAUGUAACAAAGUUGAGCAGCAAAUGCCCGUCUCCUGCUCGUUUGAGAGUUCUUGUGGAGGAUGGGACAUCGGUGAAGACUGGGAGAUGUCAAGCAGUGAAAGCGCAAUUCCGCUACGCCCAAAUGAAGGCAGGUAUCUAUUUUUGAAGAAAAGGGCAUCUUCUCCCAGUCAGGUCCUUUCCCCAAUCUUCCCGGCUGGUAAGUGGCGCUGUCUGAGGUUCUGGUACUACAUUGGGCUCGGCAACACCGCUGAACUACGCAUACGCUUGAGGCGUGAGGGUAAUGAGACUGAUGCCCAGCUUGGCGCCACUAGUCGACGAACCAAUGAAUGGACAUUUGUGCAGUUGUCGAUGGAAAAAGUGUCACACACAGUACAGGUCACCUUUGAAGCGUUCUCAACCGGUCCAGCGCUAGCAUUAGAUGACGUGUCAUUCCUAGAGACACAGUGUGAAGACAUGCCUUGGACACCUUAUGCGGACUUUUUGCCUCCGCCGCAGCCAAAGUGCAGCGAGAGUCUUGGAAUGCAGAACUUCAAAAUCCCCGACUCAGCAAUAACAGCCUCUUCAUUCCAAAGAGAAAGAUCUGCGCCACGCAUGGGCCGAUUGCAUCUGGCGUAUCGAGAAUCCUCCACUGAUUACACAGGGGGGUGGUGCAUAGGAGCAGGAGGUUUUGAGUAUUUACAAGUAGAUCUUGGUAGCGAGAAGUUAAUCACAAAGGUUUCCACUCAAGGAAAACAGGAAUUCGAUUUCUGGGUGACGGAGUACGUGCUUAGCAUUUUGAAAGGCGGUUCGUGGUCAUGGUACAUAGAUUCAUCGAAUAAGAUACGGUACUUUGAUGGGAACUCUGACAGACAUACCGUGGUAUCGCACCGUUUGCUUCCGUCUGUACAAACUCGAUAUAUACGAAUCCACCCAUUGCAAUACAGCAAAUAUGCGUGUCUCCGCGUCGAUUUCUUCGGCUGCUCAAUCGACCCUCCGAUAAGUAACAAGACCGAAUGUGGUAUUCCGCUGGGUAUUCAAAACGGCAGAAUUACCGACGCGGCCAUCACAGCCUCCUCGUCCCAGGGCGCCGCUCAUCGCGCGCGGCUACAUACGGUCGGGGAGGGAGGCAAGCCGGGGGCCUGGGUUGCAGGAGUUGCCAAUUUAAGCCAGUGGCUGCAGAUUGACUUUGGUGGUGUCGCUAUGGUAACGCGCAUAGCAACACAGGGCAGACACGUGGGGCAGGAGGAGUUGGUGAGCGGUGGACCUCAGCACUGGGUGACGAGGUUUAAGGUGUCCUUCAGUCAGCUGGGAAGAGCGUACGAGUGGUAUAAAAUUAACGGUUCGAUCGUGGAGUUCUCCGGUAACAGUGACAUCAGUUCCGUUGUGCAUAAUGACGUGAAUCCACAAAUCACAGGGCGGUACUUCAGACUUCAUCCGGUCACGUGGAACGAACACCCUGCCAUGCGCGUGGAGAUGUAUGGCUGCCUAGCAGUCACCAAGGGAAUCAAAGCAAUAGAAAAUCUCGGCUGCUUUAAAAGCAAGGGACCAAACCCCACCCUCCCCUCCCUUGAGAACAUUGAUCCUGGCCUUGAGGGGGGAUACCAACAGCGAGCUGGCGCCAUUUUGCGCUGCGCUGACGCUGCGUUCCAUCGCGGUUACGAAGUCUUCGGAAUCCAAGAUGGCGGCAAGUGUGUGGCUGGAGGCAUGUCUGACUAUGGCGGAAAUGGUGGCUCGCUUGAGUGUGCCGAUAAUGGGCGCGGUGCUAAUGGUGCUAACGAAGUGUAUAGAAUCCACAGGGAGUGUGCGUGGGGUCACGAGCUUUGCACGUGGACAUCGAAGGGCGGUAACGGCACCUGGAUGCAUGUUAAUGUGACGGAUUUGAGGGACGCUUUCAAAGGGGGUGAUGAUGAUGGCGUAGAAACAGUAAUUUUCCCCAACCAAACACAGCUCAAUACCAGACUGCCAAUCAAAAUGACUAAUGAAAUCACUCUAUGUUACUGGGUCACGUGUGACCUUUCGCGCCUUGAGGUUGCCAUGGAAACACAGGACGGAAAUACUGUUAUAGGCUUCACCCAGAGACACUGCGCACUUCAGCUCAAAGUUCUUGGAAAUACGAUCUCCUGCGAUUACUGUGUUUGCAAUAAAAUAUGGCGUCACGUGUGUGUCACGUGGAAGUCACAUGCCGGAGUCUGGGAGAUUUACCUUGAUGGGCAGGUCGUCGGUUUUGGUCGCUGGCUCAGUGCACGCUUAACAUUACCAGAAACAACGCACAUCUCCAUAUUCCAUGAUGCGUUCAACUCGUCCUCGCCUACGAAACUGACCAGCCUGUCCGCAUGGGGUCACGUGAUCGUACCUGAGGAGAUAAUGCGCAUGUCAUAUGGAUGUGGUGACGUCAAGGGAGACAUUAUGAACUGGGAGAGUCUCUUCAAACUAAUGAGAGUAUCGUAUCGGACAGAGAGACAAGCAGAUUGUAGGAUUGCAAAAGGCGGGAUGCUUCUGAACAUUUCCUCAAAUGCUACUGUUCUAUCCAGUCCGUGGUUUAACCGUUCCGGCUCAGAGUACGAGUCUUGCAUGAGAUUUCGUUACCUAGCAACGGGAAGAAGAACCGCUAGACUCGUCGUCUCGUUGAGAGUUGAGGGGGAUCCUAUGGGCGAGAGGCCGGUGUGGGGGGUAGGAGGAGAUGACGGAAGGGCGUGGCGGUACGGACAGGUAGUGAUCGGCACCGUCACUAGAUAUCAGGUCUCCUUUAAAGCGGAGUCCGCUGACCACUCGUCCGUGUUUGCAUUGGGGGGUGUCUGGUUUAGCUCUGGGUAUUGCGCAACCACGCCUCCAAUAGCAGGUUCAGCAUGUAAUGAACACUUCACAGCGCCAUACGGGAACAUCACUUCUCCAAACUACCCCGGAUAUUACCCACGUGACACCAAUUGCGAGUGGCGGAUAACCGCCCCUGUCGACCAUGUGAUCAGGAUUACAUUCCGGUCUUUCCAUUUGGCUGAGCUACUACGCUGCACGGGAGACUAUCUCGAGCUGCAUGACGGGAUACCUAAUGUUUCUCACAAAUCGUCGGUGAUUGGACGAUUUUGCGGCAAUUACUACGCACCUGUCGUUGAGUCGUCGGCGAAUCAGAUGGCUGUUGUUUUUAAAAGCAGCAGCAGCGGCGCUGCCGCAGCAUCUGGAUUCUGGCUCUAUUACGAGGUUUUCGAAAACAAAGACGUAAAAUCAUGUUCUGGGAGUAAUGCUGAAUGCCCUGCCAGCUGCACGUGCUACCAGUCGUCAGGAAACACCCCUCGCUUCGUGGUUGAGGGCAGAUUGCUAUCCGCUGUACCACGUGACAUCCCAGAAUACACCGCGGUAUUGUUACUUAAACGCAGUCGCAUCAUCGAAGUCAAGAAGUCAGACUUUGCCUCGCUCGCAUCGUUGGAAUACCUUGAUCUCAGCGGAAACAUCAUCCUUCGCCUUCAAGAUGGAGCAUUUUCUAAUCUUCCCUCCAUCAAGGAUAUUAAGCUGUCCUCCAACUUUAUACAGAAGCUGCGGCACCAAGUUUUCAAGGGUCUUUCAUCCAUAGAAACAUUAGAUGUAUCGAGCAACAUUCUAGACGAUAUUGGACCCGCCACUUUCAGCUCAAUGACCAGCCUCAGAGUUUUGAGUCUGAGAGACAAUCACAUUACGUUGCUAGAGGAUUUGUUCCAGAACUGCACUAAUCUAACGCAUCUCUACCUUCAAAAUAACAAAAUCGAGCAGAUAUCAGACGAGACGUUGAAAUCACUCAAAAACCUAAGAGUUCUAUAUUUAAACAACAACAAAAUCAAGAGAAUCAGCCAAGACUCGUUCCUCGGGUUGGAGUCUCUGCAAACACUAUAUCUGCAUAACAACAAGAUUUCAACAAUCACAAAGGACUCGUUUAGAAGUAUGGGUCGCCUUCGAUAUUUGAAACUUGACCACUUCACUCUUUGCUGCUACGCCUCGCUAGCUCUUCCAAACGUCGACUGCCAAGCACCAGCUAACGAGUUCUCGAGCUGUGACGACCUGAUGAAAGACAAGACCCUUCAAGUCUGCAUCUGGGUGCUUGGCAUCUUUGCGUUCUUCGGGAAUAUAUUCGUUGUGGCUUACCGUCUAGUCGUGCGUGAGGAUAAUCGGGUUCACUCCCUUCUAUUGACGAACCUCGCUAUCUCUGAUUUCAUGAUGGGUCUCUAUUUGCUUAUUAUUGCCUUCAAAGAUGUGCAGUGGCAAGGAGAGUACUUCAAGCACGAUCUGAGUUGGCAAGUCAGCGGAUUGUGUCAGUUCGCAGGGGCGCUCUCAAUGAUCUCAAGCGAAGUCUCGGUGCUUAUGCUGACCAUCAUAACUUUAGACAGAUUCAUAUGUAUCGUGUUCCCUAUGAGGUUUGGCAGACUUGGCUUAAAGAAAGCUAUUGCAAUAUGUAUUCUUCUUUGGACAUUUGGGACUCUCAUUUCAGUUGUGCCCAUUCUGGGGAUUGAAUAUUUCCAUGACAAGCAAUUGGAUAUUGGAUUCUAUGGCCGUUCCUCCGUGUGUCUUCCUCUUCAGCUUAGCUCAGACCGCCCGGCUGGAUGGGAGUACUCUGUCUCUUUCUUUAUUGGGCUAAAUUUUAUCGCCUUCAUGUUCAUACUGCUGGCUUACAUCGCCAUGUUUUGGACAGUGCGGAAGUCUUCAGCAGCGGUUGGAUCCAGGAACGCUAAGAAAGAGUCUGCUUUGGCAAGAAAGUUAAUGGUUAUCAUUUUGACUGACUUUUGUUGCUGGAUGCCCGUGAUUCUUAUUGGGAUAUUAUCGCUUACUGGAAAUUUUCAUGACCCGCAAAAAUUAGCAUACGUUUGGAUAGCGGUGUUUGUUUUGCCCGUAAACUCAAGCAUCAACCCCAUCUUGUACACUUUUUCAACUGCGCAUGUCAAGAAGCGGGUGACGCAGUACAGCCGAAGCAUGUCGGGAUUCGUGCAGAACACGAUGUCAUCAACAGCCUCCAUUCAAGCAAGUCCUGGUCACAGUCCCCGCAGGGCAGACAAGAAACAUGUCAUUGCAAAAAAAGUGUCGCCUAUAGGCUCCUUAACGACUCUCAAGAUCACUGGAAGAGCAGAGAUUUUACCGGAAACAGGCAACGGGGUGGGCUAUAUCAAAUGCUUGGUCUCUGGCGCGACGACAGAGCGAUUGCUAAAGGUGUUUCCUGGACAGAACUCGAAAGAAUUCAAACGAGAGGUAGCAGUGCUGACGAAAAUAAACUCGGGUCGAGACCACGACAACCUGCUUAACUAUCGCUGGCACCAGAAAGGAGAAUCUCUUGUUUUUGACUUGGACGGCGCAAAAGGGAUUAAUUUGAACUCUAACUACAGGGUAAUCUGCUUCGAUUACUCCCCAUCCAUGUCAGCCUUGAGGGUCUUUCUGCGUGAGGCUGGGUUCAAAGUGAGCCUAGAGACUCUUCUAGCAAUCUUUUUAGACGCUCUGAUGGGGGUCGAGCACCUUCACAAGCAUGGCGUCGCCCAUGGCAACAUCAAUCAAGACACUGUGCUUGUCUGUCAGACGAGAAAGAUUCCUUUCAGCAAAGCAUGUAUCGGAGGUUACGAGACAGCUCGGGUAAUUUCCGGGAGAGGUACGGAUGCUUAUCGGAAAGACGUCCGCCUACUUGGAAAGCUUCAACAACUGACUCUGCGCAGCUGUGGACACGACAAAGACUUAAGUGCGCAGAUACGAGAGGUGAUUGACAUGUGCUACUGGGAUUCGACCAAUUGGAAGCUCAGAGUCUCGGAAAUACGACAACAGCUAGAGCAGGCGUGGAUCUCAACCAACGAUUGGGAUACCUGUGUGUAGAGUGAGCUAAAACAGCAAGUCAGCGUCCAAGAUACAGUUAGAGCAUGCGCGGAGGUCUGCUAUAACACACUUGGAGUGAACUACGUGUCACCUGACAACUGUCAAUCAAACGGAAAUGAGGAGGUGGCCUUCAAACGCCUGUUAGCUGAAGUCUUUAAGCACUUUAAUCACAUACAGAUGACAUGUUUUAUUGUAAUAAGUUUUGUAUAAAACAUUAUUUGAUACGAACUGCUAAAAACCAAAAUGAAAAAAAAAGCAGGUGAAAAAACAA